ACCUUUUAAUUGUUGGUAAGCCUCUCAUUCUUCGGGUCCACGAGUCUAUUGAAAUGCUGUCUAACUCCGAGGCAUUGACUGAAGAAGGAAACAUGCAUUGAAAUCGAAGUUCAGAUCUGCUUCAGUCUAAGAGAAGAAAAGAUGGUCGGACCAACAAGGCCUCAGUUCGUGCUGUUUGGUUCUUCCAUCGUUCAGCUCAGUUUUUCUCUCCAAGGGUGGGGAGCUAUUCUUUCUCACUUGUAUGCUCGUAAGGCAGAUAUAGUUCUGCGAGGAUACUCUGGUUGGAAUUCAAGGCGUGCUCUGCAAGUUUUGGAUGAAAUUUUCCCCAAGAAUGCCACUGAGCAACCAUCGUUGAUAAUUGUGUACUUUGGUGGUAAUGAUUCUCUUCUUCCACAUCCAAGUGGCCUUGGUCAACAUGUACCUCUCCAAGAAUACAUUGAAAAUAUGAGAAAGAUUGCGAUCCAUUUGAAGAGCCUUUCCAAGAAGACUCGCGUUAUAUUUCUCACUGCUCCUCCGGUCAAUGAAGAACAAAUUUAUGGAAACAGACUUUUAACCAGGGUUCUACCAGGGCAACGAUUAAGAACAAACGAAUCCUGUCGAAUAUAUUCAGAAGCAUGCUUGGAGCUGUGCCGCGAGAUGGAUAUCAAGGCAAUUGAUCUGUGGUCUGCAAUCCAGAAAAGGGAUGGCUGGAGAGAUGUAUGCUUUACGGAUGGAAUCCAUCUGACGUCUGAGGGGAGCAAGAUAGUGGUAAAAGAGAUAUUGAAGGUCCUCAAAGAAGCAGAAUGGGAACCUAGCCUGUACUGGAAGUUAAUGCCAACUGAAUAUGGAGAAGAUUCACCUUAUGAUCCACUUGGCCCGGAUGGAAAGACAACUAUAAAUGUCUCCAACUCGACCUUCCUGGAAACUAAUGAAUGGGACUAGAUUUAUGUGUAUUUGAAAACUAUGGACAUGCCCCCAAUUAUUUGAAUCCUUAGGUAACUAUCACAAAAUAACAGGAAUUUGGAGGCGUGCCUAAAGAAAAAUAUGGUGCUCUUUAGUUCAUAUAUCUGUAUCACUUCUCACUGGUUUUUCACUAUGCGAGUCAUAUGAACUAGUUACUAUAAUUGCAUUUUGAUUGAG